AUGUUGUCAUUGACUUCAUUGGCUAGUAUUGUACCACAGGUAUAUCGAGGGCUUGAUGUUGAAUCUGCAAAGCCUUCCCCAAAUGAAAAAAAAGGAGGUACUGCAUCAUCUCAUCUGGUUGACAUACUGCACCCAUCUGAAGACUAUUCUGUUGGGCAGUUUUUUGAGGAGGCAAGGCAAGCUACUAGAUGUAUUCUUGACAAUGGCCGUGUUCCCGUAGUUUUUGGAGGCAAUGGAUUGUAUUUAAGAUGGAAUGAAGACUGGGAUGCAACUGUGCAGUUGGUGGUAAAAGUAGGUGAUCCAAAGGCUCAAUUUCUAGCAGUGAAUGAUUGGUACCAAUUACGGUGUAGCCUAGAGAUUAUUAAGUCUAGUGGACCACCUCCUUCUGCAUUUCGGGUGCCAUAUGAUUCUUUCAGGGAACAGGGUGAAUAUGGUGUUGCUGAGGGUUCUGAGUCGUCUGAUAUGAACACUUACGGUGAUGCAAUGGAAGAAACCAUCUUGUCAGAGUUAGACUAUGAGUUUAUAUGCUUUUUCCUUUCUAGUCAUGGACUUGACCUCUAUAAAUCAAUUGAUUAUCAGUGUGAAGAUAUGCUUUUAGGUACAUCCUGA